GUCGCUCGCCGGCUGAGUUGUUCCACGGUCGUCCUCAUCGAACCUUGAUGUCUUUGCUGCAUCCGCCGCAUCAGGUUCCUGUGCAGCGGCAGAAUCCUGCUUUUGCUCCAGGCGACGUUGUAUUUUAUCGCAACUAUCGAGGUUCACGGCGUUGGCUCGCAGGGCGCAUUCUUCGCUGCCUCGGCCGCGCGAUGUAUUUGGUUUUGGGGGCCUCUGGUGAGGUGCGUCGGCAUCUCAAUCAGCUGCGCCUCUGUCGUCGCACGGGUUCUGCCGCUCCCCGUCUGCUUUCAGCGACGGUGCCGUCCGGUCAGCGCCCUGGGGACCCAUCUACUGGCUCGCCUCAUCUCCAGGUGUUACCGACGAUGCCUUCCAUUUUGCCCCAUGGCGACGCGCCGCCGCAGCAGCAGCCGCCGCCGCCGCCGCCGCCGCCUGUUCUCCCGCCGGCGCCGCCCGCAUUCGACGCUUCGCUGCAGCCGCCAAGCGCCUCCCAGGGUCACGCGCCGCCGAUCGCUUCCCGUGACCAGCUGUCCUCCGCCAUGGAACUCCCGCCCGCUCCGGACCACAUGACGUCAUCGCGCGUCGGCUACCCCGACGCAAUGGAGGUCGACCCUUCGGCCCCUCCUGUUUCUUUACGGGCGCAUACACCGCAUGUUGACGUGCACCCUGGACUAGGUUUUCAGGCGUUUCCUAGCUCCCCUCGGACCGAAUGGCCGGGUGCGGGUGGCACAGCCUCGCCUGUUGUUAGGCUCCCCACCUCAUCGCAUACGUCAACAUGGGGUCCUCCCCACGGCGGGCGGUAGCCUUAUCUUACGACCGUUCGCCGAUUUGCGGGGGAGGAAUGUGGUGUCACCGCCAGACACCACACUUGC